AUGGCUCAAUCUGUACCCCAUCUUGGCUCAUUGCCUGCCAUUACCGAGAGCCGCUCCUCCUCGCGGUCAUCCUCGCGACCAGCACUCUCCAUCGAUCUCUCCAGCAUUCCCCCGCUAUCGCAACCAACACCACCCUCCAACACUCUCCUAAUCACCGAACUCCACGACCUCAUCCUCUUCCAGCCCUCCUCGCUAGAAGCCAUCCGCAACCAAAUCACCGUCGUGGCCCGCCUGCACUCCUUCUCCCCACUCCCCUCUUUCCGCCGCAUCAUCUGCUCCUUCCACUCCGAUAAGGACGCCAUCGCCGUCCGCCAGAUGCUCGAAGGCACCCGCCUGCUGAACCGCAACGUGCGCCCGCGCAUCUACUUUGGCGAGCCUACCCCGAUCCUGAGCCAGGAAGAGGCUCAGCGCAAGCAGCUGCUCGAAGCUCCGCAGCUGGAUAAGCUCUUCUUCAUCUCCCCGCCACCCAGCCCUCCCCACGGAUGGCAGAUGCGCAACGAGGACCCGCCCAACAAGGAGGCACAUGCCAGUGAUCUGGCCACUGCCCUGGCCAUGCUGAAGACGGAUCAGCCCGAGCCCAUGAACGUGGACCCCGCCACUCCCGUCUCCAUCACCUCCGAUAAGCGCACGCCUAGCUGGCCUCUGGCUGGCUCGCAGCAGCGCAGCCGCAGCAGUACCAUAAUCUACAACCCAGAGGACCACGGUCACAGCCCGAAUCUGCCGGCUGUGAUGGUUGAGGAUAUGAGUUUGCCGGUGGAUGAGGAUGUCGAUAUGGACGUGGAGUUGAGUCCCGUCGAGACGUCGAUUAACAAGCUGCCACCCAAGACGGCGCGUCCCCCUGUGGAAUUGAUGAACUAG